AAACAUUACAAAGUUUGAAUGCGUUUUGUCUACGAUGUACUUUCGGUGUUGUAAAUAGAAUUGUCAUUCCUAUGUGAUUAUUUCAGUAGUUAUUUAAAAUGGAGAGCCCACUUAAUAAUGCCAGAAAGGGAACCAAUGGUUAUGAUUUCUUGAAAAAACAAAACAAUGAAUCAAAUUACAUAUCAAAUAUUGUUGAUCAGUGUUUUAAUAAAAAAUUUUCGUUCGAGAUCAGUGAAAUUUGGGAACUGCCUCUCAAGAGUCAAGAAAAUAAUGCUUUAGAUGAAGAAUUUGAUAAAAAAACUUAUGAAAGGUGGCAGAUUGAUGAAUUAGAAGAAUUGAAGUAUAAAUUAAAUGGUGUGAAAAGUAAGCUCAAUUCUUAUAACUUUGGAGAUUGGCAUAAACACACAAGAUCAAGAAAUCCUGCUGGAUUUGUUAUGAGAGAUUUGAAGAAUUUUGAAAUAGAAUUACUCACCCAGGCUUGGUGUAAAUUUUUUGAGUUGCUUAAUGUUUAUAACAUUGUACCUGCAAAUAACAAGAAAACCUUCAGGUCAUUCCAUUUAUGUGAAGCCCCUGGAGCGUUUAUAUGCUCUUUGAACCAUUUCUUGAAAUUGAAUUAUCCAAGCUUAGAGUGGCGGUGGUGUGCGAGUACAUUAAACCCAUAUCAUGAAGGCAAUAGCCUGGAUGAAAUGAUUAAUGAUGACCGAUUUAUAUCAAAAACAUUAAAAAAUUGGUGGUUUGGAGAGGAUUACACUGGAAAUUUGCGUCAUCCGUGCAAUUUAGAUAAUUUGAAGAAAUUUGCUUCAACGUUGGGACCAAUACAUCUUGUCACCGCAGAUGGAAGUAUCGACUGCUGUAAGAACCCAGGUGAUCAGGAGACUUAUGUUUUACCCUUGCAUUAUGCUGAAAUGGUUGCAGCUCUGAAUAUUCUUUCUCCUGGUGGCAAUUUUGUUAUAAAAAUAUUUACAAUUUAUGAAUGCGAAACGAUCUGCCUUCUCUAUCUUCUUUGUUGUGUUUUCAAACAUGUUUCGGUUCACAAACCUGUUGUGAGCAAGGAAGGGAAUUCAGAAGUGUACGUUAUCUGCUUGGAUUACGGUGGAAAAGAUAAGUGCCAAAGUAUUUUGGACAGUGCUGACUAUUACGGCAGGUUUCCAAACGUCCUAUUCAGGAAAGAAGAUCUUCCCAAGUCAUUUAUUGAACAAAUUAUCAAAUGUUCCAAAUUUUUUACUGACACUCAGAUAUCAAUUAUAGAGGGAAAUAUUAACUCAUAUCAAUCCGAACUUAGCAAGAAAAAGAAAGUAUCGUUGUGGAAAGUUAGAACUAAAGUUGCAGAAAAAUUUUUGCAAUCAUUUAAUAUUUAUCCUUUGAUAGAUCCUUCGGAAUAUGUGCUCGGAGGCCUUUAUCUAUCGAAUCCUUUACAACUGGACCAAAAGAAUGAAGAUGGCUCUUUUGAAGACAGAAUUGAAUCAAUACAACCCGCAAAAAGAUCACUCCUCUUAAAUUACCAAAGAAGCUUAGAACCGUUACAGAUGGCAUGGGAUUGGUCUUUUAUAUAUUGGAUUAAAAGUUGGACUUGCAAGGAAAAUAAUGCGUCUGAUUUUACUAUUAUAAAAGGUCAACCUAUUAGUUCAAUAAGAAGUUCCAAAUUCUGCAAGGGAAGCUUGUUGAAGGUGGUCAACGAUCUGCAGAACUACCAAGUACCUGAGCUCUUUUUGCAUAAUGAUAGUACCUCUUUGGCUAAAUUAAAUGAAGAACUCUCUUCAUUAAAUUUGGAAUAUUUAAUCUGCAAUGUAGGUAACAAUUCAUGGUUAUCCAACUACCACAAGGCUCAGCGUGAAUGCUUGAAAUCCUUAAUCUGCCAUCUGAGGGAUAUCAAACGAACCAUGUCAUUUGUUUUGACGGGGCUUCCUCUUCUGACGCAAUUCAAUAUCGGCCUACUCUAUGCUUUAGGACUAUCAUUUAGCGAGGUUGGCAUAAUUUCUCCUGAAAUCGGUUAUGCAGUCAUCUUUAAGAAUCUGUUGAAUUUUGAAUUUAUGAAGAAAUUACAGGAGCUCAAUGAGAAUUUAAACAUAUCGGAAUCAGGCAUACUGUCUAUUUGCCCGAUAUCUCGAUUUCUUGAAGGUGAAUUAUACAGCUGUAUAACAACAUGUAAUCAUUUAGUAAUAAAGAAAUCAGCACUUGAAACAAUCAAAACCUUACUUGAAGGUAUGCCACAGUCGGAUGCAGUUGAGAACUAAACCAUGAACUAUUGAUGUCAAGUUUUCAACACAUUGAAGAGGGAAAACAAUCAACAUUUGUUCACCAUCAUCUGUUAAUUAAGUUAUUGUUAUAUUAUGAUUUCAAUUUCAAAGAACAAUUUUAAGUUUUGAUCUCUGCAGUUUUGUUUUUAGUACUUUGAAUUGAAACCUCUAAUCGAACAAAUCAAGCAUUUUACCUGCCUCCUAUGAACAUUUGUUAAAGAAACUUUAGUUUAAUUUUGUUCUUGAACCUUCUUAAUUAAUAUUUUUCAUUUAAUUCAUUACUAGAAAAAUAAAUUUCAAUAAUAAUUAUAACUUUAAGUAUAUAUUUUAAAAAAUUGUUGUUACUCCUUGCAGUCAAUAUAUUACUUUUAUUAGUUGUUUUUUUUUUUAAAUCA